ACAAGCCAUUUCAUUGCCCACGCUGUGGCAUACCUUAUCCAGGCCCCUUGUUGCAGUCUUGGCAGGUACCAUGUCCAUGAUUAUCUGAAGUUCAGAUAUGCUUGUGGACUAUCCAGAGUCCGGUUCUGAGACGGACAAUCAGUCUGAAAGCAAGGCGCAGACCAAGAAAAAGCGCAAGGCUCAACAUGAUGAGCCUGUCGAGCUCAAGUCCAAACGACCUCCACCACUGCCUAGCACGUUUCAUUCAUUAUAUGCUACAAACGUAAGGACUUCUGCAGUUGAUGACCCGACGUUGCACGCCGGUCGAACUCGACAGGUGCCCCAUGUGGUUGGUAAUUGGCCAACCCAUCUGUAUCUCGAGUGGUAUCCUGCACAGGAGGAGUUGGCUAUCCUCGACAAGGUGAUAACCCAAGCAGGGCAAACCCAAAACGACGGCAACAGCACAUGCAUUCACACAUACAGUUUCCUGCGUUCGGAGCUAGGGUCGUUGCAACCACUCCAUAUCAGUCUAUCGGCUCCUCUUGUGCUUCAGACGGAUCAAAAAGAGUCCUUCGAGAAAGCUACUUCAACCAGAAUAGCUCGGAGCCACGUGAAACCAUUUACUGUCCACGUCACCGGACUUAAUUGGGUUGCAAAUCAUGAUAAAACCAGGUUCUUCUUGGUGCUGAAGCUUGCUAAACCUGCAAACAACGAAUUGAACAGGCUUUUGUCAGCCUGCAAUGCGACUGCCGAGCAAUUCGGGCUUCCAGCACUCUAUGCAAAUGGACCCGACAGGUCUGUUACCGAUGCAUCCAAAGUCAAAGGCCAACCCAAUGAAAUGGACAGAUCGAAGGCUUUCCAUAUCAGUAUCGCCUGGACCUUAGAGGAGCCCGAUAGACAAGCUCGAGCACAGCUUGCUGGCCUCGACCAAAUCGACCUGCAGCAACUGAAGGUGAGCUUCUCACUACUCAAACUCAAGAUCGGCAAUGUUGUCAAUGAUGUUUCCUUGACCGAGCACCAAGAUGCCGGGCAUGUCUGACAUUGCUCCUCAUGUCUUGAAAUGCAUGAAGCGAGCAGGUUCGGGUGCCCUUGGUUGAAUCCAUGCAGGAUAAGCAAUGGCGCCGGAAAUCUGCUUGAACCUGCAAGAUGAUCAGAUCUUGGCC